AUGAAACUGCAUAAAAAAAAUGUAUUAAUUCGUUCAAGUUUACAUUCUCCAAUAAAUUUUGAUUCGAAACCCUCAACAUAAAUUCCUAGAUAGAGAUCUGUCAAUUAAUUUGAAGAAGCUGAUCCUAUUUCAAAAGGUAUUAGGAAAACUAUAUUUAUGAGAUAGAAAAAUUAUAAAAAUGAGGAAUGUUGUAGACUUAGGAGAUGCAACUGAAUCUAUACAUAAAUCCUCAUCUAAAUAAAUGAGGAGGUAUAGCAAAGAUGAAUAAGAUUAACUACUUGAAUAAUUAGAUUAAUGGCAUGAAUAAGUAAUUUCAAAGAAAAAAGCAUUUGCUUUUGAAUAAGUUAAGUAAAAUGACAAUAAAUUCAUGGAGAACGAGUUCUCUAAUGAUGGAGGACCUUAAAUUAAUUAAGCAAUUAUCAAUUCAAUUCUUAAAACAUAAGAUAAAUAAUAGUUAAGAAACUUAUCAUUAGAAGAUGAGUAGAACUCUAAUGUUUAAGUCAAAUUUUAAUUGUUGAGAUCAAAUAAGGAUUCAAAUAAUCCUGUUAUGAAGACAUUAGAUUAAGUUAGAAUAGAAAUGAAUAAACAUAUCUUAAACACAUUGUUAUUAUAAAAAGUUACAAAGAAGUUGGAUGAUUUAUAAAUUAACAGAAAAGGCAAAACAAAUUGGAAUCAUUAAAAAAUGGAUGAAGAAACAGCAUAAGUUGUUAGAGAUUAAUCAUAAGCAUUAAAAAAUUCAACACUUAAUAAUUUUAAAGGAUUAACUGAAUAUUUUAGCAAUCCUGCUUAAUACAUUGAUUACGAUAUAGUCUUAUCAAAAGCAAAAUAUUAUAGUAACCGACCUCCAAAUUAAUUUUAAGUGGAAAUUGUAUAAACAGGAUAAUAAACAUCCACAACUGCAAAAUAAUUAAUGGAAUCAUUUUAGUAAUUCUAAGUUUAAAUAAAAGAAAACAAAUAAAUCCUAUAUUAAAUGAGAUUAGAUAAUAAUAAAUUAGUGUAAUAAGCAACAAAAAAAGAGGAUGAAAUAAGUGAAAUAAGAAGGAAAUAUUAUGGAAAAGAAGAAAAAGCAAGAUUAGGUUAUAUUCCUGAUUAAGAUGGAAAAAAACGAAAUAUGAUGGAGAUAAUUGAAAAAAUUAGAUAAUAGAGAGAUUUAGAGAUUAGAAAUAUUUAAAAAUUUAUUACAUAAAUAAAAGAUGAAAUGCAUAGAAAUACUGAUAGAUUAUAAGUAAUAUAGAAAGAUUUAGAUGAAUUAAGACAAAAAAAAAGAAGAUGUAAGAUGUUAUUAAAAGAUAUAUUCUUAAAACAACUUUAAGAGGCAAAUGAAUCAUUAAUGUCUGAAGGAUUAGUUCAAAUAAUUAAAUAAAUGAAAAAAAUCAAUGAAAAUGCAAAAGUUGAAUAAUUUCCAAGAUAUUUAGAUGAUUAAUCAAGAUAGUAUCUUCUUAGAGCUGCAUAAUUAGAAAUAGAUAUAGAAGAUGCUAGAUUACAAUCUUAGAAAUUAAACCAUAAUCAUACUAAUUUAAAAAGUACUCAAUCUUAGUAAUGUCUAUUUUAAACAUAACCUGUAAGUGUUUCUUAAUUGAAAAGUCAAGUAAAAACAAUGCUUAAAAGAGGUGGGGUUUCUAUAAAAAAACCAGUGUUUGUUUAAGGUAUAGAUCCUAUGAAUCCUUCAUCUUUUGCUCAUGUAAUUAAAUGGGAGAAUCAAGAAUUAGAAUCUGUAAAUCUAUAAAAUAAAGAGGAAACCCAUUUUAAAUUAUAAAAUAUGCCUAGUGAAGGUAAUAUAAAUUUAAAAGAUUCUAAUCAAAAAUUAAUUUCAUUUUAGCAAUCGCUUGAAUAACUUUAGAAGGAAGAAUAGACAAGAAUACUUAAAAUAUAUUAAAAUAAAAGACAUUUAUCAGAUGUUCAAGAGUUGAAAUUAGUUUUAUAUUCUUUAUUUGGAUAAGUAAUAGGAGAUUAAUAGUGGUAUGAAUUUGUUAUUGAAUGGACAGAGUAAAAAUCAUUAAAUCCUUAAUAAAUAUUGAAAAAAGAUACAGAAUUAAAAGCUAAUGAUAAAGGAUAAAAUUAAAAAUAAAUAGCUGAAAAAGUUAAAUAAAGCAUAGCUAAUACAUAUCGUAAAUUAUAAUAAAGUAAUGA